GGAGGCGCUGACAUUUACUCUUGCGAUCGUGCUUGUACAACGUGCUUGUAGUGUGCCUUCAACUUACCUCUCCAGGAUAUCCGUAUUUCAUCGAGUUAGAGAAUCGCUGUAAACGUAAAAAUGACUGGAUACAAAUGGGUACCAUUCACAGGAGCCCGUCACGUGGUACCUGAAAUGAUCAAGGUCGGUGAAGACUUGGAUGGUUGCACUCUUGUGGUGGGUCGAGCAUCCCAUCAUGGUGACAUCCUUCCUGCAAAAGUCAAGCCAGAACACGGAGUUGCUUAUGUUUGUUACGAGGGAAGAGAGCAUAUGAAGCAUGAUUUUGAGAUACUGAUGCCUGCUGAAUUUAGGUGGGUUCAUUCGGGACAUGGCCGCGUACCUGAAAACGCAGUCGAAGCUGGAAGAACUGUCCAAGGAGAGGUGCUUUUUGUUGGUCGUGCUUACCACAAUGGAAUACCAUGCGUGGGAAAGAUACACAGAAGUCAUGGUGUGCUGUAUGUACCGUACGACGGUAGAGAAAUCUCAUAUAGAGAUUACGAAGUUCUGGUGCAAUACUGAUUUAGAAACAUACAACGUGAAUAUAUACUCUAACAACAUAUUUAUAUCUGUUACAAUAUUUACCACUUACGAAUCAACAAUGUUAAAUAAAAUUUCUACUUAUAAUUUA